AUGGCCUCGGAAACCUUGGAGACCAGGUCGCUGUCACCGUCACCGUCUCCCGAGCACAGCCCUCCCUUCCAUACGCCGCCUACGGAAUUGGCCUCCCAUCAUAUGGAUCUGGAUGCUAUUCCGCUGCAACCGUUGGACCCGGGGGACGAGGCUCCGCCAACAUCGCCAGAUCCCUCCUCCUCACCACCCCUUCCCCCCGACGCAAAUUACGCGAGCUACUCUGAUGGAAACCCAUGGGCGGAUAGGCCUGUGGUAUUGGAGCCUAUUGAUUCUUACCUUGCGUUGAACUCCACCGAGUCUUCGGAUAAAACCCCCGAAGAAAAGGUGAAGGCCGGCUCGGAGGCGCCGGAUGGGGAGGGAGAUGAGGAGGAUGAGGAGGAUCCGUCGCUGGUAACUGGUCGGGAUGGGGGUAGUAACACUCGUAGCGAAGGGGAUAAGAAGGGGAGAAGAGGGACAGAUGAAGCCCCGCCGCCAAAGGGCAAACGCAAGAAGCGCAACAAGGAGGAGAGUAGGGAGGCCAAGGAACCUGGACAACCAAUCCUUCUCACAACAUCAAUCACUACUACCUAUGCAAAGGACCUCCAUGAACUCUGCCAGUCCCGUGUCAGAUUGACCCCAAUGUUCACCUUCCAGCAGAGCAAGCCGCAAGAGUUCACUGUUGUUUUAAAGUUGGCUGGACCCCUCGAGACUAGGGAGAUUCCCAUUGACGGAAUCUUCCCAUCUAAACGACACGCGAAGGAGGCAGCUGCAGCGUUGGGCAUUGACUACGUUAAUAGCCUGCCUAAGGAUGGAUCGUCCCGGUUAUUCACUAUGGAGCAAGAACCGGAGAAUUGGGUUGGCUUGUUGAGCGGUAUUUUCACUUCACCCCCCUUUGGAUAACUGCAUUCCCUUCGCCUUCGCCCUCACCCUCACCCCUCCUUUCCGCGCUGCAUACAUACAUGCGUACAAAAUACAAGUUACGGGGGCUAAGCGAAACCAGACAUGUGCAACGGAAAGCAGAUUCGGCCCCAAUACACCGACUAUGCUACUCCCGGCGCCGGUUAUUCCUGCGAAAUAAGGUUGAGUGCGGAAUUCGGAUGCCCGGGCGUGGAGUGUAUGGUCUUUGGGGAUAAACACCGUGCCUUCAAGAACAAGAAGAGUGCAAAGAUCGCCGCGGCCAAAGAGGCCAUCUUGUGGGUUCGUGAACAGGCACCUCCAGGUACUCCGGUUAAUGGCCGGACUCCAAAGACAGCUGCAAACGGUCCCGAAGGUGUGAUAGACAUCCCGGAGGGGACGCCCACGGCUCAGAUUGUCAAUCGUUUGUCCCCCCUCCCCCCCCCCACCCGAUCCACUUUCCUCACACAAUCACUGACCAGCCAAAAAAAGUCAUUUGCCCAAAACUAGGUUUCACCUCCCCGGAGUACAUCUUCCAUGCCGAUCCCCACGCGCCCGGCCUGUACGACGUGGACGCAGUGAUUAAGCGUCCGAAAGGUCCACGUCCGGCCAAAAUUGGCCCGAUUCGCAGCGUUUUUGGAAAGAAGAAGGCUCGUGAGGAAAUCUCCACCUGCGUGCUCCGCUGGCUGCGCAAGGAAGCGGACAAGCAGGGGCUCAAGAUUAUCGACCACGAGAGGACUAAUGGUGCUGGAGAGGAUUAUAGUUCCUCUUAGCCAUUUCUAACCACUACUUGGCUUGGCUGCCUUGUGGCUCGCGGGGAGCUCCAUGAGGGAAUGAGCAAUUAAUGCGAAAAGGUUUGGGGAAAGAGUUCAGGUUUGUUUCUAGUUCGGUUAGUUCGAUGAGUUCUCCAAUUCCUUUUGUUAUCUGUCCUUUUCUACUUAUUGUGACCAAAUUCACCGUCUCUUCCCCCACCUCCCCUUUUCCUUCUAAUAACUUUUCUUGGCAUCCCAGCUUAUCGUAUUGGCUUGGAUAAGAGCAAUUUGUCUCGGGACCCCAAGGUUUCCUGUUUUGACUGGGACGGGAGGAACUACAGUCUUCACCGCACCAGCAUAAUAACACAACACUCUUCUUGGAGGGGAAACUCUGACGUCCCGAGACAAAUUGCUCUGAUCCAACUUAAUACGGUACUCUUCGAUUAUCUUUUAUUUCUACAUCUUCCCCUUCAUUUACCUGUAUCUCAUUCGCAUUUCCAUUGUCAUUUUCAUUCUCAAUAUUUUCACUCAUUCUCAAACCCCCUGCAGAGUGCCCGCGGAGGACGUAACAUCAAGUCUAGCCAAGUCCAGGCUUGACCUCUGGGUCCAUUCAUCUAUCCCCUGCAUCUACCCAUCAUAUCUACCCAUGCCUUUCUAUCUAGCAUCGGUGCACCGGUUUUUCCCCUACCUAUCCCUCCAUACACUCACCCCAAUACCCUACCUCCCGCUGCUCUGUUAAAUUCCGCGAUAUCACAGUAAUAGUUUGGGCGUGAUAAACUUUCCUGCAAAUUGCCCUCGUGUCGCCGGACCGAAGUCGGGUCCCUUUUGACGCAUUACCCCCAAAGAGGGAGCGACUUCAAUCCACCGACACGAGUAAGUUGUACUUGUAUCGCAGAGGUUCACUUUUGAUUGAUUGGUGCGUGCAUGGGGUGGGCGUAAGAAUCU